CGUCGACACAUCGACUUUAAGACUAGUUGCAAGAAAAUCACUCUAAAACAUUAAGUCAAACUAGCUGUUUGAAUUCACAUCUUUCUUAUAAGUUAUAUUAUUUGAAUUGUUUCGGCUGAAUAUUAUCCAGCACUAUGAAGCUUCCCUGCAUUUUAAUAACGUUUGCCUUUAUAAACAUUUCGCCAAUAAUGACAUCGAACUAUGCAAAUUCGGUUUACAUUACAAACAAAUACAUCAAGGAGGUUUCUGAUACAGAUCCUAUUGGAGUGGAAAUUGCUAUUACAUUUCUUCUUAAUGGAGAUAAAACCGUAGAAACAAUUAGUUUGAUGUUGGCUGUACCGGAAAAAGCCAAUUUCAGACUCAGAAUUGAUCAUGACGAUCCAUUCAUUAUGAACUUACCAGAACAAAUUGCCAUAGCUGAUCAAGUGGCAGUGCAAGAAGCAAUAUCCUAUUUUACAAAUAUCCCUGUGCCUCAACGUGACCCGAACGAAAAUUUUGCGAAUGAUAUGUUAGGCACGUUUGGAGAACAAAGAAGAGCGAUAACAGGAAAACUUACGAAAAAUUUACUUGUCGAUGAAAUAAGUUUUGGAACACCAGAAUUCCCCAACAUCUCAAAAAUAUGUCGUCUAAUAGCUUUGGUCCGAAGUAUACGAUUUCCAGAUGCAUAUAUAAAAACCGCUGAUGUUGAUCACUCUGAAAAAUAUUGUAAAUUAACUUCAAGAAAUGACAGUUUCAUAUAUAAACCUCUUAUGGGCAAUAUUGUUGCGGUGAGGCCACGUUUUCUUGUCAUUCAACCUAAUGUUAUUGAAUUGGUGAACGUUUUAAAUGAAAUACAGUUUUGGUUCUGAUAAAAUAGACCAUCAAUCAUAGCUAGUUUUUUUUAAAAUUAUAUUGCACCUACUGUUGUAAAUUUUAUUUAAAUAAUAUUUAUAUGUCGCACUUGUAUCAAAAUUGUCAUUUUAUUCAUUGUAAUACAUAAUAAACAAUUUCUU